GGGGCUAAUAUGCAAAAAGGUCAAUAGGGUGGUCGAGUCCCUAAAUAGUAAAUAACAUGACGCCUCAUGGCGGUUUUAUGUACCGCUGUGGACCGUCGUCGUUCUCCUCUUCCUCGAGCACGCUCUACGCCGCAGUGCGAUCGCCGCUUCCGCUCCUCAUCGACCGUCGACGCCGACGAAUACCCGACGCCUCCGGCACCCCCGCAAGGACGUCCGCCUCGGUCACCGCCAUCGCGCCUCCUUUAGCUAAGACAAGAUGGGGAAGAAGCAACACAGUAAAGAUCGGAUGUUUAUUACAAAGACUGAGUGGGCUACUGAGUGGGGUGGUGCCAAGCCCAAAGACAAUUCUACGCCCUUCAAGCGAUUACCCUUCUACUGCUGCUCGCUUACUUUCACACCAUUUGAGGACCCAGUUUGCACAGCCGAUGGGAGCGUGUUCGACAUAAUGAAUAUAGUCUCUUAUAUUACAAAAUAUGGUAAGCAUCCUGUUACUGGAGCUCCUCUCAAAGAAGAAGAUCUUGUUCCUCUUACUUUCCACAAGAAUUCUGAUGGGGAAUACCAUUGUCCAGUUUUGAACAAAGUUUUUACAGAAUUUACACAUAUAGUUGCUGUAAAAACUACAGGAAAUGUUUUCUGUUAUGAGGCAAUAAAAGAACUGAACCUCAAAACAAAAAAUUGGAAAGAGUUGAUCACAGAUGAGCCUUUCACUAAGGAUGAUUUGAUAACAAUCCAGAAUCCUAAUACACUUGACAGCAAGGUUCUUUCAGAUUUUGAUCAUGUUAAGAAUAGUCUGAAAGUUGAUGAUGAAGAUUUAAGGAGAAUGAAAGAAGAUCCAACCUAUAAUAUCAAUCUAUCUGGUGAUGUUAAACAAAUGCUGCGAGAGCUUGGGACGGAAAAGGGGAAGAUAUCUGCACUGCAUGGCGGAGGUGGCGAAAAAGCAAGAAAAGAAAGAGCAGCUGCACUUGCUGCUAUUUUAGAUUCAAGAUCACGUAUCAAAGAGGACUCAAAUUCGGGUGCGAAUGGAGAUUCCAAUUCCAUUCAGGCUUUCAGUAUUGUAGAUGCUGCAUCUGCUUCAGUUCAUGGAAGAAGUGCAGCUGCAGCAAAAGCAGCUUCUACUGAUAAGACAGCUGCUCGGAUUGCUUUGCACAUGGCGGGUGAACGAAAACCUGUUAAUGCAAAACUUGUCAAAAGCCGUUUUACUACUGGUGCUGCUUCACGUUCAUUCACAUCUACUGCUUAUGACCCAGUUACUAGAAAUGAAUUUGAAUAUGUUAAAGUUGAAAAGAACCCAAAGAAAAAAGGAUACCUUCAGUUGCAUACGACCCAUGGAGACUUAAAUUUAGAGUUACAUUGUGAUAUAACUCCCAGGUCAUGUGAAAACUUUAUCACGCUUUGUGAAAAUGGUUAUUACAAUGGUGUUCCUUUCCAUCGCAACAUUAGGAAUUUCAUGAUUCAAGGUGGUGAUCCCACAGGCACUGGAAAGGGAGGACAGUCUAUAUGGGGUAAACCUUUCAACGAUGAGCUAAAUUCAAAAUUACUACACUCAGGAAGGGGUGUUGUCAGCAUGGCCAACAGUGGUCCCCAUACAAAUGGUUCCCAGUUCUUCAUUCUUUACAAGUCAGCCAACCAUCUGAACUUUAAGCACACAGUGUUUGGUUCUGUUGUUGGAGGAUUGAGUACCCUUGCAGCAAUGGAGAAGGUUCCUGUUGAUGAUGAUGAUCGGCCUCUGGAGGAGAUAAAGAUAACAAGUGUCACCAUUUUUGUAAAUCCUUACUCAGAGCCAGAUGAGGAGGAAGAGAAGCAACAAGAAGAAAAGAAAGCUGCUGAUGAUGAUCAUGAUAAGGUGGGCUCGUGGUACAGUAAUCCAGGCACAGGAGUUAUCGGUUCUGCUGGUGACAGUGGUGGUAUUGGCAAAUACCUUAAAGCAAGGACUUCUGCAGCCACUGAUUCUGCAGGCAGAAAAGGUGCGGAAUCAAACGAUUUUACCAAGAAGAGAAAAGUGGAUGUCUCAAGUGUAGAGUUUAAGAACUUCUCUAACUGGUAAGAUUCAUGUAUUAGAUUGAGAAAAGAGCUCCUGCUGCUGUGGUGAUAUACCAGUCAACUUAGGCAUCAGAAUCACUGUCUGCCUGUUGUCAUGUAUGUAUUAUUUACGUGCAUAAGCUGAAUCAAAGCGAGCUUAUGAGAUGAAGCAGUUCAUUACUUCUCUCAAGGAUGCCUGAGCGAAUGGAUGCAUGACUCAUUUUUACAGCUCAUGAUGCUAAAGGAAGUCUGUUCAAACGCAACAUGCUGCAAAAUAUUGAUCGGUGAAGGUAACAGCUAUCAGCUUGUAUAUCUCAGUUGCAGAAUCGAAAUGUGUCGGCUUUGAAGGUUAUUUUGGGAUCUUUAGCGGGUACAAUUUUCAAACGAGAUAUUCUUAUUUUCAUGAUUCGCUUGUAGUGAUGUAACAAUUUGAAGCUGGAAGGGUAUGCUCGAUCAGCGGUCUGCAGUUUGUUUAAAGUUGUUGAUUGAUCGAAGUACUUAUUUAGGCCAAUGGGUGUAUUAUCCAAGCUUAGCACCAAUUGUAUCUUCACACUCUGUAGUCUGUCUCCUUACUUCAUUAGCAAGUUGCAAAAUGUUUUCUUAA